AUGAUUCUCGAAAGUGUAUCAUCUGAAGACAACCAUAUCAGAGUUGUGAUCUGUACCAUUGCUUUUGGAAUGGGGAUAAAUUGCAGAGGUGUAGAUCGUGUCAUUCUUUUUGGGCCAUCUACAAAUGUUAAAUGCUAUAUGCAAGAGUGUGGAAGAGCGGGGCGAGAUGGCAGAGAGAGCACAUGUAUCUUGCAGCACAAUAGAUUUCUUGCAUCUCAUUGUUCUGAAAACAUGAAAGAUUUUGUGAAAUCAGACAGAUGCAGAUGGAAAAAUAUGGAACACUUUCCUGGUUCACAUGUGGUUGAAGUAAAUGGCUGUAAAUGUUGUGAUGUAUGUGCAAAGAAAUGCACAUGUUCUGGUUUUCCUGGAAAGUGUCGAACAAGUGUCUUCCUUGAAGUUACCAACAAAUGUUCUGACAAAUACAAAUUUAAAAGAAGUCAAACUGUAAGUGACCAACAAAGAUUAGAACUGAAAACAAAACUUUUAAACUUUUUGGCAACAUAUAUCAAACCUGUGUUGUAUCCAAAUGUGUUCUUAGAAUUUGGAAAAUUCAACAUUGGUCAAAUCCUUCAAAACUGCCAUCAAUUGUUUUCAGUGGAGGAUGUUUGCAAUUGUGUGGAAAUUUGGAGAACUGAACAUGCAAUCAAUAUUUUGCUUAUUCUGUCAGAAGUUUUUAAUGAUGUUGAUGCAAAUGAAUUGCAGUUUGAGGCUGAUGACAUAGAUGAAUACUAUGUUGACUCGGAAUGGGCAGCUGUUCGAGAUGACUCUGACUUUUUUGAUGUAUCAAUGAACGAGUCUAAUGUUCUGUAA